AUGCUCCCGCUCCAGACCAUCGACGGCCCGGCCGUUCUGCCACCGCCAGACCAAUCCAGUGCCCUCGCAAUUGCCGAGGUGGGCGAGAAUCGCAACCAGAAGCCCAAGACAUUGCCUUGCAAGUACUGUAGCAAGCGCUUCAGACGCGUUGAACAUGUCCAGAGACAUGAGAGGACUCAUACCAAAGAGAAGCCUUUCUCAUGUGGCUGGGACCGUUGUGGGAAAACCUUUGGGCGACGCGAUCUUCUCGUCCGGCACGAGAAGCUUGUUCACCUAAACGAAGGGCAUAAAGAUGUCUCCAGGCCAAGGAAGCUCUCUGGCACGUCCAUGCACAAGCCAUCUCUGUCCGAUGGCCAUGUCGACCUCGAUGUCAUGGGGAUUCACAGGUUGCGGCCACCCCCUCCGCCUCCUCCUACCACAACCACACUGCUACCCCCUCAGCCAUCACCGCCGCAACAGCAACAGCAGCAUCAGCCCCAGGCGCCUCCACCGCCAUAUCAUCAUCACGGCUCCAUGAGUUCAGAUCCUGGAAGUCAUCAUCUUGGCCAGCAAGAUCCGCAAGCAGCAGCGCGAACUGCAGCUUGCAAUCUUGAUCUCCUUUCCGAUGCUGCGUUGGCAAGCGAGGUCAACACUAUCCAGCCCUUGCUCAACGGCAUGCCCCAGCAGCCUCCAACUCACGCUAGAGUCAAGAGUUAUCCGGAUACUAUUGAGGGAUAUGCGGAUCGUGCGAGAGCAGACCCACCAAUUCUCGCAGCUGCAUUUGGUCCACAGCCUCAGCAGCCAGCGUACGAGGAUUACAACCUGUUCCUUGACGAUUACACGACGCCGCAGCAUUUCCUCCCUCCACACUUUGAGCCUGACCAGCAGAUGAACUUCUUUGCUCGAUCUCCGGCCGUGUUUCAACGUGGGGGCUCAAAGCCGAGUUCACAGCUUCCCUCCCGCUUCGGGUCUCUUGCGCCUGAUGUGCAAGAGCCGAGCUCUCGACUGCACGAGGAGACUUCGCGUUCCCCCCUACGCAUCUCGGUAGUUGACCACGGCGUCAUAAAGAACCGUCUGGAAGAGUUCUCGUCUGUGCUGCCGACUGAUUUCGUCUUCCCUUCUCGCUAUACGCUCACCCGCUUCUUGGAGGGAUACAUUGGGGGCUUCCAUGAGCAGCUGCCUUUUUUGCAUUUGCCUACGUUGUCACCCACUGAACUCGCACCAGAGCUACUUCUUGCCAUCUUGUCCGUUGGAGCACAGUACAGGUUCGAGAGUAAGAGAGGAUAUGCCCUCUGGUAUGCAGCAAAAGCCAUUGCAAUGGAGCAGAUACGACGAAGACAUAGCUCGGAAAUCCAUGCCCUCCUGCCAAACGCAUCAUCUUAUAGCCCUCACUCCACGCGGCCUUCUCCUAGCACGUCUUACCGGCAUUCCUUUGCUUCAGCGCAGUCGGAGAGACCGAUUACUCAAGACACGCAUCGGGAGCCUUAUUCUCCCAACACGCCCCAGUCUAGAUUGGAAACAAUUCAGGCCGUCUUACUCUUAUUCUCUAGCACCCUGGCCAUCUUGAUUAGAGAAGAGGGGCUUACUGAAGACAUCAGCCAAGCAAGCGUCACGGAUUGGGAUGCUUGGAUUAAGCGCGAAGGGGCCACCAGGACUAAGCUGAUUGCUUACUCCUUCUUCAACCUUUGCAGUAUUGCAUAUGACUUGCCGCCUCUGUUGGUCACGUCGGAACUCAGACUCUCUUUGCCUCUCCCUGCUAGACUUUGGAGAGCGGAGACUGCUUGGCAGUGGCAAGAGCUGCGGCAGUCUACUCCAAUGGUGGAGAUUACCGUUCACGAGGCCAUUGCCCGGCUGUUUGGCCGGACGAACCAGGGGCUGCCAAACCAUCUAUCAUCACUAGGCUUCUAUGUGCUCAUUCAUGUGCUCAUCCAGCACGUAUAUUUCUUGAAGCAAACUUCGCUAGCAGCCGGCUUGCCGUUUGAAACACAGCGCACCUUGAAGCCGGAAGAUGUGGAAGAAGUCACCCAGGCGCUGCGGGUAUGGCAUACUACGGUCGAACAGCAUCAUUAUCUCCUUGCCACAGGAUCAGGACCCUUUGCCAGCACAGACUUUUCCCCUGGUGGCCUGUUGGCCUACAACGCGACAGCUCUUCUGCGCCUCGCGUACAUUCGGCUAUACAGCGAUGCUCCUCCAUGCAGAGAGCUGCAGACAAGAGAUUCGAUGCUGAUGGCAUCAGCCAUGAUUUCCACACCACUGGUGGUGCGCAGCGUGCGACUCCAUGGGGCAGUGUUUCAAGCCGUCCAUGCAUUGUCUAUGCUGGUCAAGGCCGGUGUCAACUAUGUUGCGAGGACCAAAUCUACAGAGUGGAGCAUACAGCAUUCAUUAUGUAACUUUGAAUGCGCCCUUCUUCUAGCCAAGUGGCUCUUGACGCUGGCGUCUCUUACACCGUCUGAUGCUCCCAUCAGCCUUGAUGAAAGGAACCUCUUGGAAACAGUGAGGAGGAUGUUGGACGAAACCGAAUUCGCUGUCCCCAUGGAAACUGCAACGACAGACCCCAUGAAGUUGAGACAGCUGGCGAGUGCAGUAGUACGCCUCUGGGCUGAGACUUUCAAGGGCACGCACAUCUUUGACAUGAUCAAGACAAUGGGCGCCAGCUUGGAUGGGUACGCUGAUCUGGUGGACAAGCCGAGGGAUCGCGUUGCCUUGGCACCAGCUACGAGCAUAAAUUGA